UAGAAGUGUGUGGUAAGGCCUGGAGAUGGCGCUGAGGUGGAGGCUGCCAGCGCAGACUACGCUGCUCUACACACUUCCACUUCUCUCGUAUUUACUCCACUAAUAUCGCUUCCAGGGGAACAUUGCGUAGUCUGGACGGAAAGACACAAUUGUAAGGAUGAAACCCACAACAGUCGACUAACACUCAGGUAUCCACGUAUUCAUAGGGAAACAGUGGCAGGAACAAGGGAAUUUGGUCAACGUUUCACCGGUGCCAGGGAGCUAUUACCUGACACUCGUUGUGUGAGCUGAAGCGGUUAUCAACUGAGACACAAGCACCGCAUUGAGCAGUUUAACUUUCUGGGGUUAGCCUGGGUUACUAACCCUCCAGACUAUGAGGGCGAGUGUGUUGGUUGUAGUGGUGUGGGUGUGCACGGUGGGGGGCUUGGUAGUGAAAGAGGAUGAGAUACCCCAGGAAGCUGCUACGCCCCAACCCCUACUCAACACACCCACCACCCACACCCCAACGCCCAUGUCCAGCAAGGUCCCACCCCGUGACGCCCGCAGGCUGUACCAGCUCACUACCACCGUCAGUGUGGGUGAACCUGAUGAUGGCUCCACCAACAAGGACACACCAACGGUUACCUCUACGCCCACCAUUAAGAAACCUCAACACCCAUCCCGCCCACUGCCCACUCCAGUGCCACCAUCUGCACCACCCACACUCCCACCCUUCCCAGUGCCAGUGCUCCCACCUAAAUAUGAUUUAACAUUGGAGGUGAUUGAUGUUCACAAUAAUGAAACAUUCCUUGUAUGGGAACGUGAGCGUGAUAUGCAGGCAACCCACUCCAUAACAGCUGAGAAACUUAAUGUAUCAUGCAUGUUCAAUACACAGACAGCAGAGGGCUACUUAGUAGAGGGUGUGAAGUGUGUUCGUUACAGCGUUCUACCCCAAAGAUGUUUCUGUACUUCCCACUUCUGUCGGCCAUAUGUAGCUGUGGGCACGCUUCUCAAUUAUCUUCGUACUGAAAAUGCAAGUUCCACCCAGCAGGAAAGAGUUGGUGGUGCAGGUGGAGUGGAGGUGGCUGUGUGGCAUGCAGGAGAUCACGACAUGGUUGUAGAAGCGGUCUAUACUCGUACUGCUGUCGGUCAACUGACACCUCUCUCCUUCACUGUUAGAGGAGCUGGUCGGGUAUUCAAGCUACAUGGCGGACCAUUUUGGUUACAAUAUCGGGUCAAGUCGUGGGCUUUAGAUACCGACUCAGUAUAUGAUCUGGUAGCUACAGCUCCUGGAGUCUUCUGUCCUGGUUAUGUGAGGAAGUUCCUCCCAAAGCUUGCUAAUCAGUUUUCACUUACAAUGGAGACUGUAAUAGAGAAUUUGGGAACCAUCGCCUAUGAGUCACAGCACUAUGAGUCAGAGGAGAAGCUGGUAUCGUUCACCUACCUGCCACAUUUGCAUGCUGAUGGCAUGUUCCUCCUCAGUAUUCCAGGGCUCACAGAUAUGGCUAUUGAGACUUACAGGGUUAUCCACGACUUCAAGACUGGUAUACAAUAUAUGAUCAAUGAGAAGACAAGUAACUGCACCAUCCAGGGCAUCCCAGUGUCUGCCUUGGAUGCUGCCCCAACAGACAACCAGCACAUUCGCCUCCGUCAUGCCUCCGAGCUCAUCUUUAUGGAUCCCAACGCAUUUAUUUAUAAAGGCACAAGGCGAGUAAGGGGAAUUCUGUGUGAUGUGUGGGUGUUGGAACGAGGAAUCAGAAAAGGCCAGUAUUCUACUGUGGAGAUCUACUUUUCCCAUGAGAACUGGACUGUAGAAGUGGAAGUCUUCAACAAGGUUCGCCAAGUGCCUAUUGGCAUCUCCUCCUAUAUUGCUGAUAAUGAUAACCCAAGCCUUUGGACAUCUGUGGUUCACACUUUCUUCUAUGAGUACAGAGAUGGUCACCCUUCAUGGCGUCAGUUUGACAUUUCUCCCUGCCUUAACCGCAUCAACCGUCUCUUCCUGAAAUUUACCCUAGAAGUAUCCUACUCUGAGCUCAUACACUACAAUUUGGAAGGUGCUAAGAACUCCAUUAGAAGAUGUGUGGCUGGCAUUGCAGGUGUCUCACCUCUGAGGAUCACUGAUCUCUUUCUGAGCAGUCGUCAGGCCAGAGGGGAAGUUGAUACCUGGUUUGUGUUGCUUGAGAAACCUGAUGUGACUGGCCCUGUAUUGACUCCCCGUCCACAACUCAUGAUGGCUGAUGCUUACAAGAUUCUACACAACAUCAUCCAGAAGAAUAAUAUGACAGUAAAAUUGGAUCUUUCACCCAAGAAGAAACUUUUUGUGAAUAUUAAGCGUGGCUCACUUGAGACAACAACAGAGGCAUUGCACCCUCACAUGAGGCACAAGUCUAUGCGGUACCUGAAGGCUGGUUAUACUGCAGGCAGCAUGGCAGGUUUAGGUUUCUCUAUGGCCAUCCUGGGAACCUGCGUAGGGAUAUUUGUUGGAUUCCUACUUUGGAAGCGUCAUUCAUCUGUGCCCUAUCAAGUGACAGACUGACGGCGAGGAUACGUCGACCUAGAUGGGCCCAGCAUCCUUACAUGAAUGGUUGACAGCAGAACAUAGUGACAGCAAAGUGAGUAAUAUAUUCAAUUUUAAUCAAGCUUUGGUUGAAAGCUAAAUGCACAAAAACAAGUACCAUCUCUGCUCAUGGCAAAAGUACUUUAAGAUGAGUUUCAUUUCUUUAGUGAUGGCAAAACUCUGAAGUACUGGAUGCAUGCUUUAAGAUGAGUACUAUCUAUUUCGUGAUAAUGUGACUCUCAAAUCCCAGGUACUGUGUAUACCUUAAGGUGAUGGCAUCUCUCUCAGGUACCAGAUGCAUAUCUUAAGGUGAGUGCCAUCUUUGUGCUGAUGGUGUAUCUCAUGUACUAGGCAAUACCUUAGGAUGAGUGCCAUCUCUUUGUUGAUGACUUAUCAAGUAUCUUGUUACUACUAUAUUCAGGGGAAGCACUAAACCCAAAGGGGUCAUUCAGUGCCUGGGGAAUGAGACAGUCACAUUCGAUCCAAGGAAGGGGAGACUGGUCCAAUUCCUUGGAUCAAGGAAUCUCCUUUGAGAGGUGGGUAUGUACCCUAAGAUAGCUCAAGUGAGUGGUGUAAUAACUGGUUUCCCCUGGUCCUCAACAUAUAGAUUAUAAGUUUGAUACAGUGAGUAGAUGGUUUUAGGAUCAUUUCAUCACUUAGAAGUGUUUUCCUCUACUAUUAUAUUAUUAUUCAGAUAUCUUGAUUUUAUGUCUAGUAAGGACAAACUAAAGUAUGCGAAAAUACCCUCCAGAAAUGGGAAAAUGGUUGGCAAAGGUAGUGAGAAUCACCAAGGAUUCAUCAUACGUAUCAGUAAAUAAAUGAUAUAUGUAUAUCAGUAGGUAGGUGAGCAAGAAACUUGCAACAGUUGUGAAGUUUCAGCAGGGAUACCCCUGUUUAGCAAGAUUUAGUUCUUCAGUCAAAUACAGAAGUGACAAAUAUUGGAGACAUCAGGAGCAGUGGAGAGGUGAUAAGUUUCUCACCCUUGAACACCUCCAAAUUACUUUACUGCAAGGCUGAGGAAUUUAUUUUUCUCAUAGUUACCUCUCCAACACUUUUGCCGUCUCUAAUAUUUAAGUCACAAGAAGCCUGCUGCACAGUCAGAACUUUUCGAAAAUAGUUGCCCAAAUGUUACAGACAUGUCUUGCCUGAUCUAUCAAGCCAGAAAGAAAUAUAAAACAAUGAAAAUUGUUUUGCAAAACGAUUUGUUUAUUCUGGCCUGAUGAUGGACCUGUAACUAUUCUGGAAAGUAUUGCCCAUUUAACCAUUUCUGGAGGGUGUAUCUACAUUAAAUUUUCAAUUUUUUUUUUUAAACUAUAGUAUAUGUAAUGCAUAUUGGUUUACCAAUAUAUCAUAUUGAUAUUAAUCAUCCUCAGAUAAAUUGUAGCUUAAGUUUCUUUAGAUGAGCAUUUGACUUAAAAGAAUUCCAAUAUUACUUGUCCCCAUAUUUUAUUUGUUUUGCAGUUGUACUUCAGUAGUAUUGUCUUGUAUAAUAAUGCUGACACUUCUAGAAAUUUAUUUUUAUGGUAAUAGCCACAUUUCACAUUAAUCUGCCAUCUGUAGGAAACAUUCUGUAUUCUUUUAAAAGAUGAAGAAUCUCUUUGUAUAUAUUUUUUUUGUAAUAAAUUAGGCCCCUUUCUCAAGGCAUUUCAUACAAGACUUCUGUUAACAAUGGAUCUAUAAAAACAAGUCAACAGUAUGAGACUAAUGCAAAUGUUUUUAAUCUAGCUAAAGACCCUCUUUGCCUUGAGGAUUUCUUAUCUUGACCAAAAAUAUUUAUUAUUCUCACAGAUUUCCCCUAGGGUCAGUGUAUAUAUAGUUCCUUCAGUAAUAUGCAUAUACAAUAAGGUUUAAUGCUCCAUAGUGCUCAAUAAUAUUCCAAUAUAGUAAAAUAUAUUUAAGGGGAAGCAUUAAACCCAUAGGGGUCAUACAGCACCUGGGAAAUGGGAGAUAGUCAGGCUUUAUCCAAGGGAAGGACAUGUUCAAUUCCUUGAAUCAAGAGCCCCUCACCAGCAUCAAUUAUUAUGGUCUAAGUACACUCAGCCUGUAUAGGUCACAAAAGGCCAAAGAGCUGAGAGAAUAAGUGCAACAGAUGAAGAAUCAGUAAGGAAAGCUAGAGUUGGUAAAAUAAGUGUCAAUGAAAACAAAAUCAGUGUCUACUGAAUGUAGGGGUUUCCAAAAGAGCAGGCAAUGUGAGUACCCAGGUGCUUAAAAAUUGAAUCCUACAGGUUCCUUGGUAAAUGGAACAAUUAAGCAAAAGAUGUUCAGCUGUUAGUGAAACUUGACAAGUUACAUAGAGAGAGGUGCCUCUCUUAUCUCCCUUGUGGGGUCCAACAUAUUAAAGCUUAAGAGCAUCAUGGGGCUAACCACUGCUCACGGAUUGAGUUAAAUUUGUUACAUGAGUCACUGCUUGGAAAGUAGAGAUUAUAAUAUUCAUUAGGUAAUAAGUUAGUUGCAUUGUUAAUAUAUAUAUGCACAUAGACCACCAAUGUCAUUUUUCUGUCCAGUUGGUCAAAGGUUAUACACACAUUUUUAUAUUGUGUUCAUAUUUUACUACUCAUUUAUGUUAUUAGUGUCUCAGUAGGAAUUUAAUUUAAUGUAAUGCAUUUUAAUUACAGUGAUCCUAGGCCAUAUUAAUUAAGUCAGCUUUCAUGAUAAUUUUUUGACAAGAUACUUAGCCAGUGUAGUAUUGUAAAAGUAAUAGUUCAAAUAUGAUUGAUUGGUGUAAAUAAGAUGGACAGUGCAGGUUGUGGAAUUUUAUUUUGAAGAUGUUUCAGCCACCAGGGACUAUCUAUUCAAACAGAAAAAGAAAUGUGUAUUUGUAGGUCCUGAGGUCAAAGAAUGAAGUCGCACGCCAAUAGCCCGUUGAGUGAGGUUAGGCGAUUACAGUAUCAGAUAUGUUGGAAAAAUAAGCUUCGCUAAAACCUGUCAGUGAUCCUGAGUUUUGAUUAAUAUGGGUUACAGCCAGUUCUAACUCUUUACCUGUAUGAUGUAUACCUGGAGUGUGUUUUGGGGGUCAACGCCUCCCCUUCCCCAGCAGCCUGAUGGUGGAUCAGGGCCUGUUCAACCAGGCCACACGUAAUCCAUUGUACGAACCACAACCCGGCUGGUCAGGUAACUGUCCAGUUCCUGCUCGAGAACAGCCAGGGGUCUAUUGGUAAUCCCCCUGAUGUACGCUGGGAGGCAGUUGAACAGUCUUGGGACCCCUGACACGUUUUGUGUUGUCUCUUAGGCUCUAUUAUUUGUCCUGCUCCUCCUGACAUUUUAGACAGAACACCACCGUAAGUUUCUCUGGCGCAGGAUACUCGUGCGUUGUUCCAACCAUGGUAAUUUUGACUUCUUAAGUCUAUUUCUGUAUGUAGAAAAAAAUAAAAUUGUAUGAAAACCUACUGAUUUUAUGGAGUUAAUCAGUGAAAAAAUUGCUCAAAGUGGUAUUAAUAUUUUCUCAUUCAUUUGUACAAUACUUAUUAUAAUCAAAGAGGUGCUAAGCCUACAAGGGUCAUAUAGCAUAUGCAGUAUUAUAAUUUUACUAAUUUUUUUUGUUUUCUAUGACUAUGUAAGUCAAAGGCAGGGCUGUCUGGAAGAUAAGUACAAUCGCUUUGGUAUACGAACUUUGACACAGCCCUUUCUUGUAAUCCCCUCUCCACCUAACUGUUUACAGCCCCAGCAGCGCUGCACGACUUGUUAGUUUAGCACUUUCUUUGAUUAUAAUAUGACUGUGUACAUUAGUUUCAUAUUAAUGCUUUUCAAGGUUAGUACUCAAAUUAUGGAGAUAUAAAAUUUUUAAUAAAAAUGAAGUGCUAAACCUACAAGGGUCAUACAGUGGGGGUAGAUACAAAGCCUGACAUAUCCCCAUACAAAAUAAAUAUAAAUUGGUAAAAGUACAAUUAUUUCUUAUGUCUUUGAGUACUUUUGUUAAAUACUAUACAUAAUUGUAAUACAUGUACAUAUAAGAUUUCUCUGAGUCAUGUGAUAUCCCUAGAAACUUGGAAGUUAUAAUAUGACUUGUUUUAUCCUGGGUCAAAAAUAUACUGGUACAUACUUUGUAAUGUAUUUUUUAUGCACCCAUAAUAUGUCUCCCUCAAGACUAUAUAAAGAAAUUUUAUAUUACAACUUAUCCGUUUCCAAGAUAUCACAUCCUGAAUAAGUCAUUGUUUAACUUUCCUGAGUAAAAUAUUAUGCAUACUUUUUAUGUAGUCAUACCGUGUGCUUUCAAGACCCUUGUAAAAAAUAGUGUGUUCUAUGUCCACAACCCUAAAUAAAAAUUUGCACUAAUGCAGAGUGGCAUAUGACAUGUCUUUCUGAGUCAUUAUUACCCACAAUGCAUUAUGUGGAUCCACUUAGUUCUACAAUUUCUUUUUUAAGGCCUGACUAAAUGGUAGGGCACUCAAGCUGAGGUAUAAAAUGUUGGCUGGCAUCAAAUUUGAAGGCAUAAAUUUAUGGGAGACAGUUGAAGGACUAAACAUUAUUUUGCAGCAGUCACAUACCUUGAUGUAUGACUGCUGCAGCAGAUUAUUUACAAUACACACUUUUUUUUUUCCACAGCACUUUUUCUCUGGGUUUUCCACAGUAAUGGCCACAUUAUUAUUACAUUCAUGGGAGGAAUGCAAAGUUCAUAAGGGGUCAUAGAGUGCCUGGGGAAUGGAAGGCAGUCCGGCUUAAUUCAAGGAAUUGGGAGCAUAGGUCCUAUUCCUUGGAUUAGGAGUCCCUCACCAGCAUCAAGGAAUCUACCAAUACAAUUAAUCAAAACUCAGAAUCAUUCACAAUCUCCAGAGUUUUAGCAAAGCUUAUUCUCUCGAGACCUGAUACUGCAAUCGCCUAACUUUACUUCAUCGGUUGACUACCUGUAUGAGACUUCAUUUUUUGCUUUUAUCUGAGGACCUCUCUCCAACCCCUGUAAAUACCCAUCUUAUUCUCUGAAGUUCCUGGUGGACAAAACUUCACAAUAAAAUGCCAUAACCUGCACUGUGUCUCAUUUACAUACUGUUGGUAUACUCUACCGCUGUAUUACCAUAGUUGAUUCUUUAAGAACUAGAAGUUUGAUACAAUCGAGGUAUGAAGUGAAUGCACAUGAAGGCAGAACUGACAAAAGGGCAGAGUUGAAUUUUUCUCUUCUGCAUUUAUGAAAACUUAUCAGCCAUAUGACAUGCAGAGACCAAUUAGCAUUUAAUACAUUACCAUAACACUUUUAUGAUAAACAUGCCAUUCUUAGAAAUGUAGUUUAAUUUCAUUUGAGCAACCAUUUUACAGUCAGUACAUCAUACGUAUAUAGUGUUAGCCAUGGAGAUUCUGUGUACUUUAAGACACAAACUAAAAUGAAUUUCCUGGGACUUCAGUGCAAAUUUUUUUGGGCAGUAUUAAUAAUAGCUUGUUUAGAAAGCCUGCUUAAAGAGCAGUGUCAUUCUGCACUUGUAUUGUACCAUCCAACAAUCUACCCUGGGACCACAAUAAUCUGAGCAGGAAUUUUUUGUGCAUUGGGUUGAUAUUAUAUGGAUGAACUUGAAAACUCAAAUCCUAUCAUCUAUUCACCAUCUUAGUUUAUCAAAAACAUUACAAUUAUCAAAAUUCAUGCAAAGGAAAUGCCCAUUGCAGCACCAGCUUUGAGACAUUUUCCUUUAGGUAGAGCUUUAUCAAGAGUAAAACAACAAAAGCUUGUCUUGCAAUGUUUAUCUUUUUUUCACUUGUCAAUAGUUUGCCAUCUGAAUCCAUCAAAAAUUCACAUUAUUGUUUCCCCCAUGUUAAUUUCAUUUGUAAAUUGCAGAGUGCCUGCACUCUGAAGGAGGGGCGGGGAUGUUGCAGUUCAGAGUCAUUUUAAAUGUGAUGUCUGUGCACUUCUGGCAAGACAGCUAUUGAAUGAAUGAUGGUGAGUGUAUUCUUUCUUUCAGGUCACCCUGCCUCGGUGGGAGACAAGCACUAUGUUAAAAUUGUUGGUCAUUUUCUUUUGGAGUUAAAAAGCUGUAGCCAAGAGAUAUGUUUGUUGAGUCAGUGUAGCUUAUAAUGGCUCCUUUAUAAAUAAAAAUACAGGCUUAUCUGUUAUAGGUUUCAUUUAUAUAGUGUAGAUUACAGUUUCAAGGCUUAUGCACCCUUUUUUCAUUUAUAUAUAGUACAUAUAUGUACUUCAUAAAUGACCCUCCUCUUGCAAAGUUUUACAGUCAUUUUUUUUAUUAAUGGUAUCCAUUUUCUUGUUACUCUUCAGUUACGUGUCUUGCUUUCUCUGUGAUUUAAAAGCAACUUAGCCUACGGCCAGGAUACAAGGGAAAAACCAUUGAGUGAGCACACUAUCAUUUUGUCACUGCAAUUUUUCAACCAGUAAUUUAAAGCUUAAUUUUUUUACUUUUGGGAAGCCACCUAAUCACUGACUUGUAUUAAAUUAAUUUUCCAAAGCUUUUUCAGUUUACAUUGUAAUACUUUGGCAGACUGCACAUUCUUCUAAAGCUAUUCAUUCAGUACAUCUUUAAUGUGUAAACUAAAUUCCUUUUAUUGUUAUACUAUAAUUUCAUUUAGGUAAAAAGCAAUGCAUGUUAUUUUUUUUAACCAUUAUAAUAUUGUUAAAUUUGCUUACUGAAAUUGUGUGUUGCAAUUAAUUAAUGAUUCAACAAAUUUUCAUGUAUGACAGUCCAAGGAAAAAAUAUCCAUAAGUGGACAAUUAAUCAACACUAUACACUAUAUAGAACUCUGUUACAGUACUAAUAAUUGACAUGUGUUAUAUAGUAUAUUCCUCCAUUAUUGGUUCUGUCUAGUAAGAAUCUGUAACAAUUUGAUUUUUAAUAUUUGUAAACUUAUUUUUUAUGCUAUCCCAAAAGAUAUUAACAUGUAAUAUUUCCUGCCUCGGUGGGAGACGGCCGACUUGUUGAAAAAAAAAAAAAAUACAUAAAUUGGUAAAACAGCUCAAAGGAUUAAACAAGAUAAUGUUACAUUGUAGUUUCAAACUUUUAAAUAC